AUGUCUCGAGCGAUCCGAAAAGUGUGCCGCAAGGUUGUGCAGCACGAUUUCUACGACACGGGAGAACAGGUGUCUGGUGUUGUGCUGCUGAACAGCCCAUCUAACACUCACUGGGAGUACGAGGAGUAUCUGCGACUCUUGUUUCUAAAACGUUUUCCGCAAAAAUGGAAGAGGUCACAACCAACUGGGCAGUGUUACUUUGUUUGCGCUGAUGGGGCCUAUCCUCGUCUACGCGCGUACGUGGAGGAACGGCAACAACAUCAACCUCAUUUACUGUUGUUUCGUUUAUUCCCUCUUUGUGAUGCUGUAAUUGGCGAUAUGGAUUCUUACACAUCGGUGCAUGCUAAUGAUGAUAUUGAGACACCCGUGUCUGCACCCACUGAUGGCUACGCCACAGUAAAGGAGAUUCCAUCUGCUGUACUCGAUACCAUUCACGAGAGAUGCCGUUCUGUCGUUGCUGAAUUCUUGACAUUAGGUGAAGAUGUAACUAAAGCUUCUUUGGCGGACUGGGAAAAAAUCCUUGAGAAGCGUAGGGGUGAACCAUCCCUCUCACCUGUUAGAUUGCACGUUCGUUGUCAAAUGUCAACAGAUUUUAUGAAAGCUUUACUUCUCUUAGGACGACUUCGGGAGCAGCACCCUCAUGAUAAUGAUGUUGCUCUACCACCUGUUCUACGCCAUCCUGAGGGUUUGAAAUUACUUCAAACAGGCGGUUGUAUUGAUCCAAACGCAGGUAACAAAGGUUCAGAUAUUGAUAUUGAUCGAGAACGCAACUUGUGUGCUGAUGCUAGUCUAGUGGAAUCUCUAAAAUUGCCUACCUAUCUUGUAAUAGGUGCUCUUGGUGGUCGUUUUGAUCAUGAAAUGGGUGCUAUUUCUGUUAUGUUCUCCCUUAGCAGUGUUGCACAUGUUGUUCUUACUGAUUCAAACAAUACCAUAUUUGCUUGCCAACCAAACGGCUGGACUCAGUUUGUACGACAACCAGAGCAUGAGGGAGUGAUGUGUGGUCUUAUCAACUAUGGUACACUUAAAGAGUGUGAGACAAGUGGACUCUUAUGGAAUGUGGUUAUUGGUCGGGGUAAACAGAGUGAGACAGAGGACUUAGUACUGGGUUUUGGGAAUCUGAUUUCUGUUUGUAAUGUGUUUCGACAUGAAGUUGUCACAAUUGACUUACGUUGCCUUUAUCAUAAUCAACAAAACCGAGGAUAUGGUUCUACAACAAUUGUAGAAGAUGCUGAUAACACCAUGGUUGAGACUGAAGAAGAUUGCCCACCGACUCUCUUCUCUAUUCAGAGGUGCAAUAGAAAUUCUGUCAAGCGAAUAUAA